AUGUUGAACCAUGGAUACUGGACGUUUAAACAAUUGCGUCAAAAAUUAGAAAGUCACGGUCUCGUCGUCGAAGAUUUUCCAGACGGACGGAUACAGGUAAAAUUCGGAAAAAGUGUCAAGUCUUUUAAUCCGUGGAAAUUAAAUCAUCUGUUGGGAUAUACGACAUUUUCAGAAUUACAUCCGGGUCAACAUCCCGUGGAUAUACACGAAGGAUUACGUUACGUAACGAUCGGUUGUAAUUUAGCGAACCGGUCCCAAAAUAUAAAUCCCGACGGCUAUCCGAGUAGUAUCAUAUCGUCCCUUCCCAUCGACGGAACGAAACCUUUAUUUGGAACGACGAUGAAAUACAACGACAUCGAAAGCGAAGUGCAAGCCGAUGCGGGGAUUUACCACGAACUUCAUUUCGAC